AUGCAGACUGCUGGUCUGGCAACUCCGUCCGCUGCAACUUCCGGUCUUUCUGGCCUUGUAUGCAAUGUGCACAGGACGACCGGGCGUGAGCCGCGCCCCUUGGUGGGAGCCACAACCACCAUCAUCGGCGACAAGCUAUUUGUCUUCGGGGGGAAGAGGCUCUCACGGACACGACCCAUGCUUACGGCAGACCUGUACGAAUUGGAUCUCGUUCGGAGACACUGGACCAAAAUGGAGGCGAAAGGAGAUAUCCCGCCUCCUCGGUACUUCCAUAGUGUUUGUGCUCUCGGGGACACGAAGCUGGUCUGCUAUGGAGGCAUGUCCGCAGCCGGCUCUCAACCUGGCCACGUACCGUCUGCAGCACAAGGCGCACCUGUAGACGGGCCUGAGGUUGUGGUCAUGUCUGAUAUCCACAUUUAUGAUAUCCCUACACGCACGUGGAUGCGUGUAGCCACCAAUGAUGGCCCUCAGGGACGAUAUGCCCACUGCGCGACUAUCCUUCCAUCAUCCGCGACAUUUGUUUCGCCAAAUGCGCCCCUCGGGUCCAUCAGACACAAUCCUUCGUCCGCCAACCCAAACCAGGGUUCCAUCGGUGUCGAUUUGGAUGGAGAAGGAGGUGCGGAAAUGGUUGUAGUAGGCGGACAGGACAACGCCAAUCACUACAUUGAGCAAAUCAGCGUCUUCAAUCUACGCAGCCUCAAGUGGACUGCGACCCACCCGCUCGGGAGGAGUUGUGGUGCUUACAGAAGUGUGGUUGCACCCUUAACCAACUUGGAUCCAGCAAAGAUUGGCAAUGGAGCGCGAACUGGGAGCGAUCAAGACAUACGACAACGAAAUUCGCAAUCCAACGGGCAAGGCACGCCCAUGUUAAUCUAUUCCAACUACAACUUCCUGGAUGUCAAGUUGGAUCUGCAAAUCAGGUAUCCAGAUGGCACGCUUGCGGAGAAGCCGAUGCACGGGGAAUUCUCCCCUCCUGGUCUGCGUUUCCCUAAUGGCGGCAUCAUCAACAACCAUUUCGUCGUCAGUGGUACAUUCUUGACGUCUCAUAAGCAGGAGUACGCGCUUUGGGCUUUGGACCUCCGGACCUUGACCUGGGGCCGCAUCGAGGCUGGAGGGAACAUCUUCACUCAAGGGAGCUGGAACAGGGGCAUCUUGUGGAAUCGCAGAAACGCUUUCGUCAUACUAGGGAACCGUAAACGGAGCUUGGUGGAGGACUAUCACCACCGGCGCAUCAACUUCUCCAACAUCUGCGUAGUCGAGCUGGAAGCGUUUGGACUCUACGACAACCCGCGCAGGGUGACGCCCAAUUCCAGCUUCCAUUCCGUCAGUGCACCCCGGCAUACCGUUGGACUCGACCUGAAAGCUGGCGGACGGCAAUUGUCUCCAGCAGCAGUGAACCUGGGCCAGCUAGUCCUGAGCAUGCGCGAGUUCGCUGACAUGGAUUUCCUCGCGAUAAACGGCGAGCGCAUUCCCGUAAACUCUCAUCUGGUGGCUCGCCGUUGGGGGCCUUACUUCAAUCAACUGCUGCGCGAGAGCACCACUCAGGAGCACUCGGACACGGCAACCCUUCGACCUCCAGGCGCAGGACAUCCAUCUCGCAACUCCAGCAUCACCAUCACUCCGUCGAUACGGACAAACUACUCUGCCGCAACCACCCUUACAAACAACAGCGUCGUAUCGACCGAAACCGUCACCACGGGAAGCGCGACUAAUACAUACUUCGGCCCUCCCGAACCUUCAAACCUGCCCCCUACGCGCAGGCCUCGUACGCUCUACCUCCCACAUACGCACCUGACCCUCCAAGCACUCAUCCACUACCUCUACACAUCCUCGCUACCACCUCUAAACUCGCCCCUAUGUACACCACAGAUUCUGUGCUCUCUCCUACAACUCGCGCGCCCCUACCACAUCGACGGGCUCCUGGAAGCCAUCAUCGAGCGAUUACACCUCUUGCUGGAUAACCGCAACACUGCCGCUAUCUUCAAUGCCGCUGCCAUGGCUGCUGGAGGGGGUUCCGGCGUCUCCUUCCUGGGCGUCAACGGCAUUGCCUCCAACGGCACCACAAAUGGACUGUUGGACCCCUCUUCAUCGCCAGCCAACACUGGAACUCCGCGCACCUCCUCCGCGACCGCUGGAACGCCGCCCUUGUCUCGCUUGUCCACACCCUCGGCCCGGAAAACGUCUACGUCUCCAUCUACGAAAGCGGCAGCUACGACGACACCAAAGCCGCGCUGCGCGAACUUGACGACGCGCUCGAGGCGCUGGGGUUAUCUGCUUAUAUCAUUCAUACCCUCCCAGCUGUCUACCCGCGCCACAGCACAGCACAACACAGCACCCAAUCACCUUGAUCGCGCUUGCACGAGAAUCCUAGACUAG